AUGAUAUCCGCUUCAUCGGCCAUUCUACUGGCUGUGCUUCUAACAGCCCUUUGGCGACUAAGCCUCAUAGGCCAAAGACCCAAAGACUAUCCCCCUGGACCGCCCACGCUCCCCAUCCUUGGCAACCUGCACCAGAUCCCAAAGGCGAAGCGUCAUAUACAGUUUGAAAAAUGGGCUCGUCAGUAUGGACCAGUCUACUCACUUAUGCUGGGGACGAAGGUUAUGAUUGUUCUCAACACGGAUGAUGCCAUCAGAGAGCUCGUGGAUAAACGGGGUGCCAUCUAUGCUUCCAGGCCGGAGUCUUUCAUCGCCCAGGACACCAUCAGCGGAGGGCUUAGAAUCUUGUGGAUGCACAAUGGCGAAACGUGGAAAAUGGCCCGGAAGCUCGGGCACCGUAUUCUCAACCUCGCGACUGCACGCACUUACGUGCCAUAUCAGGACCUAGAGACUAAGCGGAUGCUCCUUGACUUUUUAGAAAAGCCCGAAAGCUUUAUCGAACAUAUGCGCCGGUUCUCUGCCUCUUUGACAACCCAGAUGACAUUUGGCUUCCGCACAACCACCAUUCAUGAUCCCCGAUUCAAGGAGAGCUUUGAUAUAUUUGAUGAGAGUUGGGAGUUGGUUGCUUCUCCAAUCGCCGGGCUCAUGGACUUCUUCCCCUUCCUCAGGAAGCCAUGCGUCUGCGUCGACCUCGUAAAGCUCCAAAAAGAAGAAUCCUUCUCCGACGACUUCGCCGCCUAUAUCGGCGGGUCCCUCCUGCAAGCCGGUUCCGAGACAACAGCCGGAGUUCUCGUCGGCUUCAUCCAAGCCAUCACCAUCUUCCCAUCCGUUGCCAAAAUAGCUCAAGCAGAGAUUGACCGCGUCUGCGGAGACGGUCUCCCGGAUCUAAACGACGUUCCUGAUCUACCGUAUGUUCGGGCGUGUGCGAGGGAAACACUACGGUGGAUGCCGGGGUUCCUGCUGGGGUUGCCUCAUGCUGCUACUCGCGAUGAUGUGUAUCUGGGGUAUCGGAUACCGAAUAAGGCGACUAUCCUAAUGAAUGUUUGGGCCGUUCACAACAACCCCGAACAAUACCCGAAUCCCCGAACCUUCGAUCCUAGACGCUAUAUGGACCACGAGUAUUACCCACAAAGCGCGGCCAACACAGAAGUCAGCCGGGAUCAUUUCGCCUUUGGUGCAGGUCGGCGCAAAUGCCAGGGUAUCCACAUCGCAGAGCGGUCUCUUUUCCUGAGCAUUUCUCGUUUGCUUUGGGCGUUUGAUUUCAAGAGGACUAUUGAUCCGGUCACGAAGCUGGAGAUCUUCCCCAAUAUGGAUGAUCUUGCUGAUGGCGCAUUUACUCAGCCAAAUGUGUUUCCGGCGAGGAUUGUUCCUAGGAGUGAGGAUAAGGCUCGACGGGUGAGGGAAGAAUGGGGGAAGGUGUUGGAGUUGCUUGAUGGGGAUAUGCAAUGGAGAACUGUUCCUGAGGGGUUAAUUUGGAGGGACUACGAGAUUGUUGCGUAG